AUGGUGACAGCAGAGGCAGCCCCUGAUGCCAGCUCCCUGCGGCUGUGCCGGGCAGAGGUGUUCGUGGUGCUGGGGCAGCACCCACAGGCGCUGGAGGACCUGGAGGCUGUGUGCAGGGCUGAGCCUGGAGAGCAUGAGGGCUUCUUCAGGAAAGGGAAGGUGCUUCUGGAGAUGGGACAGAGAGCUGAAGCUCUGCUGGCAUGGGAGCACUGCCUGACACUCAGUCCCCAUUUCCACCCUGCUCGGAGAGAGAUUGAGAAGAUCCUCACGCAGGAGGAUGCUCCUCAGCCACACACAGCUGCUGUAUGCCCAGGUGAUGCUCACCAGGGCUUGACUGGUCCUCAGGUUGAUGGAGGGAGCCCUGCGCUCCUGUUGUCUUCCACACAAGCUCAGGAUCAGGAGGGAGAGCCAGCGGAUGGCAGAAGGGACGCUGGGUCUGAGCACGGCCGGGGCACAGUCACCCUUUCCCAGCCGGGGUGGCGGCAGGAACCAGAGACUUUGGCAGAGAGGCAGGGCUGGCGGUUGGCAGAUAACGAAGAGGAAACAGCAGCAUCAAAGUGCACCCAGACAUGCCUCGGGGAGCUGCUGACCGUGUCUGACUUGGAGUGUUCCCUUUGCAUACGGAUGUUCUUCGAGCCGGUAACAACGCCGUGCGGGCACACCUUCUGCAAGGAGUGCCUCGAACGCUGCCUGGACCACCGGCCCAACUGCCCCCUCUGCAAACAGAGCCUGAGAGAGUACCUGAAGGCUGGAAGCUACAGCCCCACCUUGCUGCUGCAGGACAUCAUGCUGGCCACCUUCCCCGCUCAGGUGGCCGAGCGCUGGGAGCUGCACCAGGCUGAGAUGGCAGAGCUCUCCAACCUGACCAAGAACAUCCCCAUCUUUGUAUGCACGAUGUCCUUCCCAGGCAUUGCCUGCCCUCUGCACGUCUUCGAACCUCGCUACCGCCUCAUGAUCCGACGGUGCCAGGAGACUGGCACAAGGAGGUUCGGCAUGUGUAUAUACGAGAAUGGGAAAAGUUUUGCUGACUAUGGCUGCAUGCUGGAGAUUAGGCAGAUCGAGCUGCUGGCGGAUGGGAGGUCCUUGGUGGACACCAUCGGCAGGAGGCGAUUCCGGGUGCUGAGACGCGGACACAGGGAUGGCUACAACACUGCCGACAUUGAGUACCUGGAGGACAAGAAGGUGACCGGGGAGGAGCUGCAGGAGCUGCAGUGCCUGCACGAAAGCACCUACCGCUUGGCUCAGCGGUUCUGUGAGCACGGGGACCUUGCAUCCAGGCACAUUCUGAUGCAGCACGGGCCGCUGCCGGAGAAGGAAGAGGACAUCCAGGCUUCGGCAGAUGGCCCGACAUGGUGCUGGUGGCUCAUCUCCAUCCUGCCCCUUGACCCGUCCUACCAGCUGAACCUCUUCUCCAGCACCUCCCUGCGUGCCCAUGUCAGGAAGAGGCUGAGUGCGGGCGAGGAAGACGGUGCAAUGGAGGGGGUGUGCAGCAUCAGUGCUGCCAGAGCCUUGGCCAUGCUCUUCUCACCCCCAGCCCCAAAAGCAGCCCUGCUCUCAGCCCUGGCCCCACGCAACGAGUAG